GUCAUACAGUGCAGUGGGCAGAUCUUGUUGUCAUUCUUUCUCUAGCCAAGGCCUCGCGCGAUUCCUGAUUUCAAGGGCGUAAAAUACUUCUUCAAGCUCACAUGAUCAGGACUCACAUCAUGAAAGCAAUACGUGUACAUCGUUACGGAGGACCUGAAGUACUUACUCUUGAAUCUGACGUUCCGAUACCAUCUCCAGGACCUGAAGAGGUUCUAGUCAAAGUGAAGGCCGUAGGAGUUAAUCCGGUUGAGACUUACGUACGCUCUGGGAGGUAUUCUCGUUUAACACCUUUACCUUACACUCCAGGGACUGAUGGUGCUGGUCUAGUGGAAGAAGUAGGGUCUUCGGUGAGUGGGGUGAAGAAAGGAGACAGGGUCUAUGUAUCAAAAACCCUCACUGGUUCUUAUGCUGAGUAUACCCUAGUACCAAGGAACGGGGUUCAUCCUUUGCCUGAGGAUGUUACCUUUACUCAAGGAGCUGGUUUAGCUAUUCCUUACAUAACUGCGUACAGGGCUCUCAUUUUAAAAAUGAACAUUCGUCCAGGGGAGUACGUCCUAAUUCAUGGGGCCAGUGGUGGGGUGGGUAUAGCUGCUGUUCAAAUUGCUAAAGCAUAUGGAAGUAUUGUCAUUGGUACAGCUGGUACAGAAGAAGGAAAGGGUUUGGUUAAAAGUGCCGGAGCUGAUUAUGUUUUUAAUCACCGUGAUCCUGAUUAUGUUGAGAAAAUGAGUGACAUUGUGUCUCCUAAUGGUGGAUUCAAUGCCAUCCUUGAGAAUAACGCCCACAUUAAUCUUGAUAAAGAUCUCAAAAUCCUGACGGAAGGGGGAAGAGUUGGGAUUGUAGGAAACAGGGCAAACAUUGAGAUUAAUCCUCGCGACACGAUGGUCAAAGAAUCCAGCAUAAUUGGAGUAGCUUCUUUCCAUUCUACUCCUUCAGAGCUUAAGGAGACUCAUGCUGCACUACAGGCCGGUAUGAGGAAUGGCUGGUUAAGACCGGUUGUUGGUAAAACCUUCUCUCUGUCUAAUGCUGCUGGGGCCCAUGAUGAUAUUAUUAAUGGAAAAGGAGCUUUAGGGAAGACCGUACUAACUAUUGAUGACUGAAUCCCCUAAUUUAAUUUAUUGAUUUCAUUGAAAUUAACUAUAAUUUGAUUACAUAGAUGAAAUAUAACAUA